CUGAAUCAAUUCAGAAGCAAGAAUUUUAUCAAAGAGCCCACACAAAACUUGAAGAGGGUGAAGAGGAGCCCAUUUGCCAUUAACAAGCGUGAAGGUACGAGUACGAGGCCCCAUUAAAUCUAAGGGCGAAUCCGCACCAGCACAUAGCCAUUGUCAUUGAUAAACACAACCAUGGUGUCAUAGAGACAGAGCAUGCUAUCCUACGCCCAUACGUACCUUACACCGUCUUUCCAUGCGCCACACAGACACACACACAUCCACCGCAAACCCCCUUCGACUUACCCGACCUCUCCUCUUCAUGAAAUUUACAAAUCCAAACAUAAUAUCUUUCAUCGAGAUUUCAAUCUCUUCGAUUCAAUCUUAACAGCCCCUUUUCAAUCGAUCAUCUGGGCACUUGAUUGUUUACCCAAAGGUUUUAUAGGCAUAUCUUUGGUGGGGUUGGAGGAUCUUUAUUUGUGCAUGGAAGAAGAUGCCGGAUUUGAGACGUGGACUCCAACACCACGUCGUGGGACCCGGAGAGGCAAAGCUCAGGCACAAAAAGCACCUGCUUCUGGUGUUGGUCUGGUGGGCCCCGCAUACCCGUACCCGAUGCCUAGGCCAGCUGGCAGAGGUCGUGGGACCCGAGCAACAGAGGAUAAAAACCCUGAACUAUUUGGUACAGGUGUCGGUCGGGCCCACUUAAAUUUGGAUGUUGGAGCUUGUAAUAAUAACCCGUUAGUUGUUGGUAAAAGUGCUGAAAAAUUGGCUGCUAAUGAUGCUGAAGAUGAAGGAAGCACAAGCCCUCUUCCUGAAAGGGUUCAAGUUGGGAAUUCUCCUGCAUAUAAAUUAGAAAGAAAACUUGGUAAAGGAGGAUUUGGUCAAGUUUAUGUAGGGAGAAGGGUGAGUGGUGGCUCAGGGAACACGGGUCCCGAUGCUCUUGAGGUUGCUUUAAAGUUGGAGCAUCGAAAUGGGAAGGGGUGUAGUUAUGGUCCUCCUUAUGAGUGGCAAGUUUACAGUACUCUUAAUGGGUGUUAUGGAGUUCCAAUGGUGCAUCAUAAAGGUCGCCAAGGAGACUAUUAUAUUCUUGUUAUGGACAAAUUAGGCCCGAGUUUAUGGGAUGUUUGGAACUCUAGCAAUCAAAUUCUGUCUGAAGAAAUGGUUGCUUGUAUAGCAGUGGAAGCUUUAUCGAUCCUAGAGCAGCUUCAUUUACGAGGUUUUGUUCAUGGAGAUGUGAAGCCAGAAAACUUUUUACUCGGUCAACCUGGAACACCUAAUGAAAAAAAAUUAUAUUUAGUUGAUCUUGGUUUAGCUUCAAAAUGGAGGGACACAUCAUCUGGUAAUCAUGUUGAUUAUGACCAAAAGCCUGAUGUUUUCAGGGGAACAGUUCGUUAUGCAAGUGUUCAUGCACAUUUAGGGAGAACAGGAAGCCGAAGAGAUGAUCUUGAAUCUUUGGCUUAUACAUUAAUAUUUCUCUUAAGAGGAAAGCUUCCAUGGCAGGGUUUUAUUGGAGAAAACAAAGGGUUUCUUGUUUGUAAAAAAAAGAUGGCAACUUCUCCCGAUAUUCUUUGUUACCUUUGUCCAUCACCUUUCAAACUAUUCCUUGAAACUGUGACAAAUAUGAAAUUUGAUGAAGAACCAAAUUACUUGAAGCUCAUUGGCCUCUUUGAAAACUGCUUAGUUUCAAGUGCAUCUUUACGCCCAAUCAGAAUAGAUGGUGCCUUAAAGGUGGGACAAAAGAGGGGAAGAUUACUUAUUGAUUUGGAAGAUGAUGCUCAACCUAGGAAGAAAAUACGUCUAGGCACUCCUGCAACUCAAUGGAUUUCUAUUUAUACUUCAAGAACUCCCAUGAAACAAAGGUAUUACUACAAUGUAAUGGAUUCAAGACUUCAUCAACAUGUUGAAAAAGGGAAGAAUGAUGGUUUGAAUAUUAGUUGUGUUGCUUCUGCAUCAAAUUUAUGGGCCAUUGUUAUGGAUGCUGGGACAGGGUUCACUUCACAAGUCUAUGAACUCUCCCCUGUUUUCUUACACAAGGAAUGGAUUAUGGAGCAAUGGGAGAAGAAUUAUUACAUCACAUCACUUGCUGGGGCGACUAAUGGUAGUGCAUUGGUGGUAAUGUCAAAAGGGACGACGUACACGCAACAAUCGUAUAAAGUGAGUGAUGUAUUUCCAUUUAAGUGGAUUAAUAAAAAAUGGAAAGAAGGGUUUUUGGUAACUUCAAUGACAACUGCUGGUAGUCGAUGGGGUAUUGUGAUGUCUCGUGAUGCAACUUACUCUAAUCAGGUGGUUGAGCUGGAUUUUCUGUAUCCAAGUGAAGGAAUUCACAGAAGAUGGGAAAAUGGGUAUCGAAUUACAGCAGCAGCAGCAACAGAAGAUCAAGCAGCCUUCAUUCUCAGUACAACAAAGAAGAGAUCACAAGAUGUUACUCAAGAGACUCUUCGUACAUCUGCUUUUCCUAGUACCCAUGUCAAGGAGAAAUGGUCCAAGAAUUUAACACAAAAUUCUAUCCGGGUGCGGUGAAAUGGGCUGAAAAAAAUGUAGAGUUUUUGUUGUGCGGUUAUGGAAAAAGGGGGAAACUAUAUAAAAACAUUUUAAGAUUAUGUACAGCCAAAAAGGAAAUCUACUUUGGGCUUUUCUUUAAAAGGAAAGAAAGAUGAAGGGGUGUUGUUGGUGGAGGGAGAAAGUGUAAGGGUGUAUAGUGUCAAAGAAUCUGACCCGAUACAUGAACGAAUACCUGAAAUGCAUGUCAACGCCUGCAGGGUUUUUAUCUUUUGUUUUUAUAACUUUAAACGUCUUUUGUUGUUCCAAAAUCAAAACGUAUUACUUGUGUGAUUCUUUUCAAAUAUGCUUAAUGAAAAAAGCCCGGGAGUUGUUUAUUAUUUUUGAUACAUUGUGUUUAAUUUUCUGUUCUUUUCGAUCUAUAAUGAGAGUAACGACUGGAUUAGAAAAGUGGAG